AUGGCUGAUGGGUAUGAAACUCAAGGCCCGCCGGGCAUACCGAAGCAGUUUGUGCUUUGCUUUGAUGGUACCGGAAACAAAUUCGCCGGUGACGAGUCGGAUAGCAAUGUGCUCAAGAUCUUUCGCAUGCUUGACCGCAGCAAAAGCCACCAGUAUCAUUACUACCAGCCGGGCAUUGGCACAUAUGUGACUUCGAAGUCACUGACUAGCCAUGGCCGAAUCCAACGUAUCAAGUCCGCCUAUCAAAAGGCCAAGGACUCAGCGGUCGGAUCUUCCUUUGACGAACAUGUCAUGGGUGGGUACAAGUUCCUGAUGCGAUACUAUUCCCCUGGCGAUGAUAUCUUCUUCAUCGGCUUUAGUCGUGGUUCAUACAUCGCGCGAUUUCUGGCAGAGAUGCUGGACUAUAUCGGUCUACUCGAAGCAGGAAACGAGGAGCUGGUCCGCUUUGCAUGGAAGACAUUCGCAAAGUGGCAGCAGCGGUCCAAUGACUCGGAAGAAGAGCGCGAAGAGAAGAAGAAGCUCUUCACAUACAUGAAGGCCUUCCGUGAGACGUUCAGUCGGCCUAUCUCGCGUAUCCGUUUCAUGGGUCUAUUCGACACUGUCAACAGUGUGCCGCGCUUCGAGUCCGCGUGGAUGCAACGUACCAAGUUCCCCUACACGGCACGCAGCUCAGCCAAGGUGAUUCGCCAUGCCGUAGGUAUUGACGAGCGCCGCGCGAAGUUCCGCCAGGAUUUGAUCUCUGGGGCGCGUCCAAAGGAGAAGAAGAAACACCGCCGCCACCAUUUGCAAAUGCCUAAGAACCAUCUGCACCUCUUCCACCAGGAUAACAAAGAGAAGCCCCACGAGGAGGUCCCAGACACCGUUCCUGCCAUUCGGGUCAAUGACAAACCCGAGGAGGAACAACAGGAAGAAGAGAAUGCCGAGGCUGAACUCAAUGCAUCCAGAUAUGGGCCCAGCACUGGAGAAACAUACUACCAUGCCGGGCACCAUGCCUCGCACACAGGCUCGCAGCAAACCUCCCGCGCCGGGAGCGAAAACGGGACAACGCAGCCCGACACAUACCGCGCACGCUCUCCCCGACGCAGGCUCGUAGUGCCCAAAGCGUCAACGGACGAUCUCCGCUCAUUGCGAAGCAAAGAGUCCUUUCACAGUUUGCACUCCAACACCCUCUCGGUGCAAAUUCCCGUUCUCGAGGUCGAUUCCAGCGACGACGAAGACGACCAAGACAUCCACGAGGUCUGGUUCCCCGGCUGCCACGCAGACAUCGGCGGCGGAUGGACACUCUCGAGCGGCGAGUCAUGGGCACUGAGUCACGCGCCGCUCGUGUGGAUGACGCAAGAAGCGCAAAAGGCCGGACUCGAGCUUGAUGAGCGCAAGAUGAAACAAUUCCAAUGUCUGGAAGAGUUCGACGAUGAUUAUAGCUCCAUCCGGGAAGAGAUUAAUUCCCAGCGGCCGGGCCGGUGCGUUGCGCCUGAUACUGAUAACGAUGAUGCUUUCCGCUCUAUGCCCGAUGAUAAGGAGCGCAGUGUUGCGAGUCGCGACUUCUGGCAUGCGCUGUAUACCGCCAGUACGAAGGGUCUGAUGCAUGACUGCCUGAUGUUCAACCAGGGUAUUCCUACCAUGUCGGUUAUCACGUGGCGCAUUAUGGAAUGGUUACCGUUCCGUCGUAUGGAUCUGCAGCCUGAUGGAUCGUGGAAGCCGAUUAGCUGGCCAUUGCCUCGUGGUGAGGUGCGGGAUGUUCCACUGAAUGCUGAGAUACACGUUUCUGCUAUCCGGCGUAUGCAGGCGGAUCCCAAAUACCGUCCUGGUAAUGUGAUUGUCGGUGGUGGUGGUCGUGGUAUACGUGUUGCACCGGAGGAGUAUGGUAUUGGUGAGUGGGUGGUGUUCAAACAUGAAGGGGAUUUGGUGCGGGAGACUUACGUCCGCAAGAACAUCUCCAAGUGCAAGGAGGGCUAG